CGCGCAAUAGCUUUUUGCAAAGGAAGGAAGGAAGGAAGGAGGGGAGAUUAUUUGACGGUACGAGCACGGCGCAGCACCUUUUUCUCUCUCUUUUUUUUUUCUUCUUUUCUUUUUUGCUGCUUGCGGAGGCUCGGAGAGAGAGAGAGAGAGAGAGAGAGCGAGAGAGCGCGCGAGAGAGAGGAGAGAGAGAGAGAGAGAAGAGAGAGAGAGAGAAGAGAGAAGGGGGGGACGUGUAGUCAUCCAAGCUCCGCCGAUAUACACUUGUGCAGAAAUCGGAGGAGCCCCUGCUGCUGCUGCUGACCUUCUCCCGCUUCAUUUCCGCCUAAUGCCCGGCACAUCCAACCCGAACAGCGUGGGGGGAAACCGUGGACGAGUUCACUGAGACCUGUGUAUGGGAUGAAAAAGCUGGGAUCAAAUGUAAAAAAGGAACAACGCUGAACGUGAAGACAACUGAGGGUGGAGACAAGGCGGACCACACAACACAGGAGGCCUGGGGAAAUCAUUAACGGCACACAAACACAGACAGAAUGACUGAGUGGAUCACCCCUCACUCUCCGCACCCCUGAGAGACCGACCUCCACCUCCAGCCACGGCCCCGGGGCCAGCCGAUUCGCCUUCCCCCCCUUGCAGAAUCUCCAGUCGUUUUCCCCAGCAUCUCGCGCAGCUUCCCGCCGAGCCGCACGACACCUCACCUCACGAGUCCGUGGGGGGGUCCAACUCCCUCUCCCCCUUCCCCCCUACCCCACCCCACUCCCCCUUCCCGAGGACUCAGGGACGGGACCCCUGUCAUGUUUCACUGACUGACCCCUCCCGACCGGCGAAUGACAAGUGUGCAUCCGAGGGUGGGGCUUGCCUCAGUCUCUCAUGAUUGGCUGCUGGAUGGAAUUAAGGUGAAUGGAACACAUGCCCAAGGAGCAGGACCCUAGCCCAUCAGAGGGAGAAGAGAAACAGUGGCUCAAUGGCCCGAAAAGGAAGAGGAAGAACAGCCAAUGUUCGGUGAAGAGUAUGACUGGGUACAUCCCCAGCUACCUCGAGAAGGAUGAGCCAUGUGUGGUGUGUGGUGACAAGGCCACAGGUUACCACUACCGCUGCAUUACCUGCGAGGGCUGCAAGGGUUUCUUCCGUAGGACCAUUCAAAAGAACCUCCACCCCGCGUACUCCUGUAAGUACGAUGGCUGCUGCAUCAUCGACAAGAUCACCCGCAACCAGUGUCAGCUCUGCCGCUUCAAGAAGUGCAUUGCAGUGGGCAUGGCCAUGGACUUGGUGCUGGACGACUCAAAGCGGGUUGCUAAACGGCGUCUCAUCGAAGAGAACAGGGAGCGACGCAAGAAGGAGGAAAUGGUGAAAACCCUCCAGAACCGUCCAGAGCCCACGGGGUCCGAGUGGGAGCUGAUCCGCCUAGUGACAGAAGCCCAUCGACACACCAACGCUCAGGGCGCCCAGUGGAAACAGAAACGCAAAUUCCUGCCAGACAAAAUCGGCCAGUCCCCCGUUGCCCCGACGUCAGACGGAGACAAGGUGGACCUGGAGGCCUUCAGCGAGUUCACGAAGAUCAUCACUCCUGCCAUCACCCGUGUCGUUGACUUUGCCAAAAAACUGCCCAUGUUCUCUGAGCUGCCUUGUGAAGACCAGAUCAUCCUGUUGAAGGGCUGCUGCAUGGAGAUCAUGUCGCUGCGAGCUGCUAUGCGCUACGACCCAGAGAGCGAGACGCUGACGCUGAGCGGGGAGAUGGCGGUGAAGCGUGAGCAGCUGAAGAACGGCGGGCUUGGCGUGGUGUCGGACGCCAUCUUCGAUCUGGGCAAGAGCCUGGCGCAGUUCAACCUGGACGACACAGAGGUGGCGCUGCUGCAGGCCGUGCUGCUCAUGAGCUCAGACCGCUCCGGGCUGACCUGCGUGGACAAGAUCGAGAAGUGCCAGGAGACCUACCUGCUGGCGUUUGAGCACUACAUCAACUACCGCAAGCACAACAUUCCCCACUUCUGGCCGAAACUCCUGAUGAAGGUGACAGACUUGCGGAUGAUCGGGGCGUGCCACGCCAGCCGCUUCCUUCACAUGAAGGUGGAGUGUCCCAACGAACUCUUCCCGCCGCUCUUCCUUGAGGUCUUCGAGGACCAGGAGGUGUGAAACUCAGUUGCCACCGCGCAAAGGGAAGCGGAAAUUGGGGCAAACUGGGAGAUGGGAAGGGCCAUCAUGUUUAAUGGGGGAAGGAUGGAGGGAGAGUCCUCUUGGCAGGAAUCUGCAUUUCUCCGACAUCGUAUUCACAGUUUUGUGGUUUAAAAACUGGAAACAACAAAAACAGAAACAACACACCAGCAACAGGAGUCAAGCAAACAGAGGAUUUUGUUUUUUGAACACCCUCUCCUCCACCUCUUUCUCCUCCUUAUACUUACCCCUGUUUUAAAAUCCGUGUGGGGGCCCUUCUGUCUGAGCAUGAUGUCUUAUCUAGUAAGAGUUGUAGCCAUUUGCCAAGACACGUACACAAAAACACACAGCACAUGCACAUACACAUACACACACAGCCGCAGCCUGUUCCACCUCAGUUCCUCAGAGCAGCGCUCUUAGCAGGGGUCCACCCCCCCUCUCUGGUUCUUUGUAGCGGCCACAGAUACACAUCUGUUUUGAAGCCCGUGUUUCCAGCUCCCAUGCUGGCCAGCACCUCACAGUAUUAUUUCUGAAUAAGUGUUAAGGCAGUAAUUCAGAAAAUAUGGACGAUAGUGACAUAUUAUUGCUCACAGUCACGCAAUCAGUAGACACUGCACAUUGAAAUUUCAGCAGAUGCUUUUAGCAUGACUCUGGUGUAUAAUUGCUGUAGUGAAGCAGAGCUACCAGACCUACUUAUUUUCAAUUCCUCAAAUCAAUCUGAGCCGUUACAGCUGUUUAUGGAGCUUCUUCUUCUUAGAUCCCAGUGAAACCGGUGCUAUAUUUAUACAAGGCUACUCCAGUUUUAUGAAAUUGUGUUGUCUACCUUUGAAAAACGUGCAGACCAUGGCUCCAUAUCUACCUUCAUUUUUUGUCAUUGGACCGGCUCCUGUGACAUACAGU